AUGGAUGAACGUAUCUGGCUUAGUGUUGUGAAUGGUUGGGCUACACCUAGUUCUACGGUUAAUAAUGAAGUAAUCUCCACCACUGUUGCUAAUUGGAUAAGAGCAAACUUAGAUGAAUGUAAUUGGAAUAGUAAAGCCUUACAAGCUCUAUUUAUGGAAGUACCCCCGAAAGAGUUUAAGCGAGUAUCUAUGUGUGAGAUAACCAAAGAGGUUUUGGAUAUUCUACAGACCACACAUGAGGGAACUCAAGCGACUUAUGAACUUACAUUAAAUAAACCCACAAACGAUAAGGCAUUGACCUUAAAUACUGUGAGGAAUAGUCAUAAAGAGUCCUCAGAUUCAGAUUCUCCUAAUGAAGAGGAGAGUGAGUGCCCUAGCAGUCGGAGAAAUCCAGAUAAGGCUAUGAAUGCUACUUUCACUGAUGACGAGUCUAACUCGAACAAUCAGAGUGAGAAAUCAACUCGUAAGGAAAGUGGAAAAUAUAUUGUCUUUACUAUGAGAAUUAAGAAUGGAUCUGAUAAUGGGAGUGAGAAGGCUGAGAGCAUAAGUAGUGGUGAGAAUUCAAAAUAA